AAACAAGCUUCUAGCUGCUCCUAGCUUAUGGCAAAAAUUCAUGCUGUGUUUACAGUCAAUGUUUGGAAAGGUGGAAGAAUAUUUAUGUUAUUUGAAAUAAAAGAAAGAAAAUGACUAUUCACAAUCUGUAUAUGUUUGACCGCCAUGGUGUUUUGAUGUAUUAUGGCGAAUGGAAUCGAAAACGCCAAUCAGGAAUGACCAUUGAAGAAGAAGCUAAACUUAUGUAUGGCAUGUUGUAUUCAAUAAAAAAUUUUGUCAAUAAAAUGUCACCAAUUGACGUUAAGGAAGGGUUUCAGUGCUAUAGAACUUCAAAAUAUGUACUCAAUUAUUUUGAAACUCCAUCAGGUGUGAAGUUUGUGAUGAAUACUGAUUUGCAUUCACAGGGUGUAAGAGAACUUUUGCAACAAAUCAACAGUCAGAUUUAUAUUGAAUAUUGCGUGAAGAAUCCUGCCUAUAAAUCAGGAGAAACCAUCCAGUGUGAACUGUUUAAAACAAAAUUGGAUGAGCUUAUCAAGCAAUCUCCCAUAUUCAAAAGCUGAAAUUUUAUUAUUUGAUAAAAAUGUCAAUCUGGUGUGAAUAAAUCGCUUUAUAUCAUA